AUGUCAAAAUAUGCAAAUACAAUAAAUUCAUUUUGUACAAAAUCUGAAAAAUAUACAAAUGAAAUAAUCUUAGAAAAUUUUGGUUUACUUCGUCGUAUGUAUUCAAAUUAUUUAACAACAGAAAUUUAUCAACAUUGGAAUUGGUCAUGGUCUUAUAUAAUUCAACCAACAUAUCAAGAAUCAAAAUUUCGUAUUGUUGUACAAUUUAAUAAUUUACCAUUAACACCUGGACAUUUACUUGCAUUUAAAGCUAUUGUAUUUAAAAAACAUAGUCAGAUAACAAAAUCAAGUGAAUGUAUUUGUUUAAAAGAACAUUUAUGGUUAACUGAUAAUUUAAAUAUUCUUGAAUUAUGUUCACUUGAUGAAUUGAAUCAAUUUAUUUAUAAAGAUACUUUACGUAUUAUGGUUAUUGUCAGACAUGAUUGGCUUGUUAAAAAAUUACAAAUCGAUCAACAAAUAUUAACAAUUAAUUCAAAUGAAUAUAUGUCAGAUAAUAGAAUAAAUAAUUGUGAAAAAAAAUUUUUAAAUGAUAUGAAAUCAAUAGUAAAUCAUAUUGAAACAAGUGAUAUUAUUAUACGAAAUCAUAAUCAAAUAUAUAAAUGUCAUCGUGUUAUAUUAUCAGCACGUUCAUCUUAUUUUCAAACAUUAUUUAAUUCAAAUUUUAAUGAAAAAUUUCAAAAUGAAAUUGAUCUUAGUUCAUUUCUUCGUAAUGAAAAUGAUUUUGAUCUUUUAUAUUCAUAUAUAUAUAAAGGUGAAAUUAAUUUAACAUUAAAUAAUAUAUUACAAUAUAUUGAAUUAAGUGAUAAAUUUCUUUUGGAUGAUUUAUAUGAAUUAUGUGAACAAUAUUUAUUAAAUAAUAAUCAUAUUAAUGAAACAAAUGUUUGGAAUAUUCUUGAUAUAUAUAAUACAAUUGGACGUAAAAUAUCUUCAAAUAUUCAAGAAAAAUGUUUUUUUAUACUUAAAAAUAAUCGACAUUUAAUUAAUGAACAAUGUCAUGAUUUACUUAAAAGACAUCCACAUUUAUCUAUUGAACUUGUUAAAUAUUUUGUAUAG